CCCCAGCCAGAUCACUUGCUGCCAAGAUGUUCUGCUGUUUGCCCCUGCCCAGAGGCCGGGGCCUCGGGAGGGCUCACAGGCAGAGUGUGUGGGAUCGCUGGCGACGCUGGCUCAGGGCCCCCCGAGGAGGCCUCUGGCCCUUUGCCCGAAGGAACAGGAAGAGCUUCCCACCGGAUGUGGCCGACGAGGGGGACACGCCGUCCACCUCCUCGAGGGAGGGGUCGGAGCCCCAUCCCCCUGCCCGUGAGGCCCAGUGCAGGGUCCAGGUGAGCGUGCCCAUGGAGGGGUCAGCCCAAGGGGGAGUGAAGAGCAAGAGGGGAAGGCCUCCCCAGAAACCACCCAGGACACACCGCGGGGCCCAGUCUCGGGCUGCUUCGCGGCUCAGCACACCUGGCUCCGACCCAGAGCCCCGAGCACCCCUCCCUCUGAGGCAGCACGAGGACCUGGAGCCCAGCGCGGCAGAGCACAGAGCUCUAGCUCUGACCUUCCAACUCAACCAGGCUCCAUUUCCAACACCUGUCCCUACAGAGGUGCUUGCUGCACGUGCAGGACCCAGGGAUCCACUGAGGGGACAUCGAGACCUGAUCCAUCCUGCCUCAAAGACACUGGACCAGCUGGUUCCUGGCCACCACACUGGGCAGAUCGGACCUCUGUGCCGGCAGGACGCCCAGCCCCAGGCACUGAUGUCCCUCCCCCUCGGCCCAAACGUCCACCUCCACCUGCACCUGCACCCGCUCGGGCUUUGGCAGGAGAACCCGAACGCCCACGAUGACUGA